AGCCCGUUGGUCCGGCGGCCAUGGCGCGCGAGCUGUGCCUCCUCAGGGCCUUCAGGGCGCUCGGGGCCCGCGGCCCCCGCUGCCUCGCCGCCACCCCCACCCGCGGCCGCACAGGGAGAACAGCUCUAGGCCCGUGGAGGAGUGCAGCCCAACCUGUGAAUCUCCGAUGGAACUUCGGCGUGUCCAGCAUCUUUGCCAGUCAGCAGUACAGUACGCAGGCAGCCGAGAACAAGGAGGAUCCACUGCACACGAUCAUCAGCAGCACCGAGAGUGUGCGAGGAUCGGUCUCAAAACAUGAGUUCCAGGCUGAGACAAAGAAGCUUUUGGACAUCGUCGCUCGUUCCUUGUAUUCAGAAAAAGAGGUUUUUAUUCGGGAGCUGAUUUCCAACAGCAGUGAUGCCCUAGAAAAACUACGGCACAAGCUGAUGUCCGAAGGCCAGGCUCUGCCAGAAUUGGAGAUCCACUUGCAGACAGACAGUGAGAAAGGCACCAUCACCAUCCAGGACACUGGCAUCGGAAUGACCCAAGAAGAGCUAGUAGCCAACCUGGGAACAAUUGCCAGAUCAGGCUCAAAGGCAUUUCUGGAUGCUUUGCAGAAUCAGGCCGAGGCCAGCAGCAAGAUCAUUGGCCAGUUUGGAGUGGGCUUUUACUCGGCCUUCAUGGUGGCAGACAAGGUGGAGGUUUACUCCCAGUCGGCGGUCCCCGAGAGCCCCGGCUACCAGUGGCUAUCGGACGGGUCAGGGGUGUUUGAAAUCGCCGAAGCUUCUGGAGUACGAACCGGGACCAAAAUAAUCAUCCAUCUCAAAUCGGACUGCAAAGAGUUUGCUAGUGAAGACCGAGUGCGAGAGGUUGUGACAAAAUACAGUAAUUUUGUCAGCUUCCCCCUGUACCUGAAUGGGAAACGCAUCAAUACUUUACAGGCACUCUGGAUGAUGGACUCCAAGGAUAUCGGUGAAUGGCAGCAUGAGGAGUUCUACCGUUACAUAGCCCAGGCCUUCGAUAAACCUCGUUAUACCCUCCACUAUAAGACCGAUGCCCCUCUGAACAUACGUAGUAUCUUCUACGUGCCAGAAACCAAGCCGUCCAUGUUUGACGUCAGCCGGGAACUGGGCUCCAGUGUUGCUCUCUACAGCCGCAAAGUUCUCAUCCAGACCAAAGCCUCGGACAUCCUGCCCAAGUGGCUGCGUUUCCUCCGAGGGGUGGUGGACAGCGAGGACAUUCCCCUAAACCUCAGCCGAGAGCUGCUCCAAGAAAGUGCCCUCAUCAGGAAACUCCGGAAUGUUUUGCAGCAGAGGCUCAUCAAGUUUUUUGUUGACCAGAGCAAAAAAGACCCUGAAAAGUACGCCAAGUUCUUUGAAGACUAUGGGUUGUUCAUGAGGGAAGGGAUCGUGACCAUAGCCGAACAGGAGGUCAAGGAAGAUAUUGCUAAACUCUUGCGUUACGAGUCGUCGGCUCUGCCCGCAGGGCAGCUGACCAGCCUUGCGGAAUAUGCCGGCCGCAUGCCGGCUGGCACCAGGAACAUCUAUUACCUGUGCGCGCCCAAUCGCCACCUGGCUGAGCACUCUCCUUACUUUGAGGCCAUGAAGCGGAAACACAUGGAGGUGCUCUUCUGUUAUGAACAAUUUGAUGAAUUAACGCUGUUGCACCUGCGAGAAUUUGACAAGAAGAAGCUGAUCUCCGUAGAGACCGAUAUUGUUGUUGAUCACUACAAGGAGGACAAGUUUGAGAGUGAUUCUCCAGCUCCCGACCGCCUGACAGAGAAGGAGGCAGAGGAUCUGAUGGCCUGGAUGAGAAAUGCUCUGGGAUCUCGGGUCACCAACAUUAAGGUGACAACACGGUUGGACACCCAUCCAGCCAUGAUCACGGUCCUGGAGAUGGGUGCCGCUCGGCACUUCCUGCGCAUGCAGCAGCUGGCCAAGACCAAUGAGGAGCGUGCUCAGAUCCUGCAGCCCACGCUGGAGAUCAACACUGGGCAUGCUCUGAUCAAGAAACUCAAUCAACUGAGGGUCAACCAACCUGAUCUGGCCCAAAUGGUGAUUGAUCAGAUAUAUGAGAAUGCCAUGAUCGCCGCAGGACUCAACGACGACCCAAGACCGAUGGUGGGACGUCUCAAUGAACUUCUCACCAAAGCCCUGGAGAAACACUGACUCCAGAAUCCCCGGCCAGCUCCUAGAUUCCAGAUAGAGGCUCUGUCCUCCUGUUCUUCUCCGUUCACCAACUUUGGCCCUUGGAGGGAUUGAAAUCGCUGUGGCUUUGAGGGCCCACUCGAUCCGACCUACCACGUGCACUGUGGUUGAGGAGGGGAACGAAAAGGUCUGCAAUUGACUGUAAUUAAGCAGCCACUUGCGACCUCCAUUUAGAUCCCGACGUCCCCCCGCCGUUGCGCAAACUCCAACUGCAAGCACGAAACCACAAAGCUGAAUGUAGGAAAGGGGAACGGGGUGGGGAUCCUGCUCUCAUUCAGUAAAAUUAAACCAUAUUUCUUCA